AUGGUAACGUCUGCUAUCCGACGACGAUGGUGUCUUUGCGUCAUGGCUGUUCUUUGCGUCUACAGUGGGACAACGUACGGUCAAGCGCCGCCUACCUUCGAUGAGUCCCCCUGCGUUGAAGACAUCUACAUAGCGGCAGAAGACAAGUCCUCGGUGGCUGGUAUCGCUUGGAUCGUCCCCUUGGCCAAAGACAACUCUGGCCAGCGCGCGGCAGUGACAUGCGACAAGGAGCUCAUCUCUGGGCAGUUCAACCCGGGCUCGAACGUGGUCACCUGCACGGCCGUGGAUACACGCGAGACGAGCUUGACAACCCAGUGCAGCUUCGAGGUGCACGUGCUUCCGAAGUUUGAAGUGGGCUGUCCUGCUCCCAUCAUUCAGAACGACACCACGGUGGACUUCACGAUUCCAAGGGCCGUAGGGUCUGGAGGGAAGAUGGCUGAGGUCACGUGCAACAAGAAUAGUGGUGAUUCCUUCACUGCAGGUAAAACCACUGUGACGUGUACGGCAACGGAUGCAGAAAAGAACCUGCAAGCAGAAUGUUCGUUUGACGUGACUGUCGGCAUUCCCCCCACAUUCGACUCCAACUGCACGGAUUUUAAUGUCCAACCAACUGCUGGCAAAAAUGAAGCGGAGGGAGUAACAUUACCGACGCUAACAGCUACACAAGCUAAUGGAGUUACUGUGACCGCUGUAUGUCGGCAGGCUGAUAGUGAGACUACCUUUGUUGGUGGGGAAACAGUCGUCACAUGCACAGCUGCAGAUACUACGGAGCCAACACUGAUAACCACGUGCAAUUACACAGUUCGAGUCUAUCCCAUAUUUACCACGGGCUGCCCGGGUGACAUAAUUCAAGCCAACGGUUCUACCGUGGAUUUCCCCAUGCCGAUAGCAAUGGACUCCGCUGAAUUAGCGCCCAACGUAAUCUGCGACAACCCAGUAGAUGGGUUCGACCCUGGACCGACGACUGUUACCUGCUCAGCUGAAGAUAGUGAGCAGACUGGACAGAAUGUAUCUUGCUCCUUCAAAGUAACGAUUGGGGAUGCUCCCAUAUUCAACCCCGAUCCGGACUGCACGCAAGAUGUUGUCGUCUCUCCGAACAGCAACACCCAGGCUCGAAACGUCGAGUGGCCAGAACGAACGGCCAACCAAUCCGACGGCACAGCUGCAAUGGUAGAAUGCACGCCAGCUAGCGGCACCGAUUUUGAAGGAGGAGAUACCAACGUCACAUGCGUCGCCAAGGAUACGGCCGAGGAAACGCUGAUAACGACGUGUAACUUCAGAGUCCGAGUCUAUCCCAAGUUUGUUGAACUUUGUCCCCAAAUCGUCCCUCGAACGCCGGACGCUGAUGACUACAGAGCAACCAUUGCCCAUCUGGACCCCAUCGCCGAAGAUCAAGACGGAAAUAAUGUCGUCGUCACCUGCGAACCGCCGUGGGGCUCGAAAUUUGAUAGCAAGAAUGAUAGUGUGAGGUGCACGGCCGAGCAGACCCCCAAUGAAACAGCUUCCUGUGUCACAACUGUUUUACUAAUACCAUCAUUAGAGGUGUCUACCUUGGUGAGGGAUAUCGACAAAGGGCCAGAUCCUGGAAUGCAGACUGCCAAAGUGGAAUGGGAUCUGCCUAGUGCAAUUGUGCCCCAACCCCCUCCUGCUGACGUCACAUGUGCGCCUGCAUCGGGCUCCACAUUCCAACCCGGGGAAUCAGACGCCAAGUGUGUGGCAUCCUGGACGCUACCAGGCUCCGGCUCGGUGGCUGAAGCUGUCAAUAAGUUCAAAGUUCGAGUGUUUCCAAUCAUCACCUGCCCUGCUGACGUAGUGGCUGCUCCAAACACUACUUCACCCAUCACUACCGUGGACUACCCGACAGCAACGGCUACGGAUUCCACCCAGUCCGACGUCAGUGUGGACUGCGUUCCGGUCUCUGGGUCGCAGUUUGACAACGACGCCGCAACUAACGUCACGUGCAACGCUACAGACUCUGUGACUGGAAAUGAGGCCACAUGCACGUUCUUAGUCACUGUUGGUGAAGCUCCUACCUUUGAAGACAACCCAUGCCACGAACAAGUCAACGUGCCACCAGACACCGAGGACGGUACGGCUUCAAGUGUGUCUUGGGUCGACCCUACCGCUAUGGAUCGUGACAAUAACACGGCGGCCGUCACCUGCACCCCUGCUAGCGGCACCAUGGACUUCAGAGCUGGGCCAACCGAAGUGAAAUGCACCGCUGUGGACAGCACAAUGGACAGCCUCAUAAGCACCUGUAUAUUCAACGUCUUCGUCUCACCGACCUUUAAUGUCAGUUGUCCUGGAGAUAUCGUGGUGAGUCCCAGCGAGGCCGUCGUGUCCCCCGACUGGCUCCAAGCCAGGGGUAACAUGGACACCACCGGGGAGUUUGCCUCAGUCCAAUGCAACAUGGAGGCUGGGGCUAAACUCAACGAAACUGUGACUAUGAUCACUUGCACAGCAACGGAUGCAGGGACAGAUUUCACAACGAACUGCUCAUUCAAUGUGACUGUCGAUUCCAGUCCACCCAUAAUGACAUGCCCUGCUGACACCACUCUUAUGCCCGAUCCGGGAACCAACACUGCCAACCACACAUGGAUGGUCAACGUAACGGACGAUAACACGCCCACGGAAAACAUCUCCGUGUUGUGCAUACCUGAGUCGCGGUCUGUCUUCAAGUACGGAUCGACGGAGGUCUUCUGCUUUGCCGUGGACUCCUUUGGCAACAUGGGAACCUGCACCUUCGAUGUCAAUGUGACAGGUGCAGCAUGCCAAGAAAACUGUGGAGAAAACUCAGUCUGCACAGUUAACCCGGACGGCGAGUCAGUAUGCACAUGCAACGAGGGAUUCUCCGGCAAUCCAUGUAAAGACAUAGAUGAAUGUAAGGUCGAUAAACCCUGUCACGCCGACGCCGAUUGCAAUAAUCUGCCACCACCGGAUUUCUUCAAAUGUAAAUGCAAAGAAGGCUUCUAUGGGGAUGGAGUGUACAGUUGCGAACCUUACAUUGCACCGGAGUACCCUAAUAUAACAGGAUCAACUGACUUGGAGAAGAAAUUCUCCGUAGUGCUAGCCAUUUCAACCUCCUCAUCAUAUGCCUGCGAUCCAGAGAGUGAUAAGAUGUCUUUCCAGUGUUUGGGGCUUGUGAACACGCUUAAGACAUCUGUGGAGUCAUUGUACAGGAAAGUUUCUCCCAGGAGUUUCAAAGCCGUUACGGUGGAUCAGACGGCAAUCAAGAAAGGUAGCGUUGUCAUUCCACACACCGUGACCUACAACUACGAUUAUGUAGAAGUCCGGGGAAUAGGACCCACCGAGUUUCUCAGGAAAUCGACCCUGGGGGACGCGCUCCAGGCAGGCGCGAUUGGGACCUUGGAACUGGUGACGAAUUGCGCUGAUUGUUCUGAUCCAAAAGAUAUCACCGACGUUUGCGCAAAUGCAGACAAGGAUUCCAUCACGUGCACAGGCAAUCGUGAGCCGUAUGAGGACAAAUCUGAUGACCACUGCAUCCUUGCGUGUGUGUCACGCUGCAUCUCUGAUCCUAAAUACUGUAACGGUGGUGUCUGCUCCCAGGCCCUCGACAAAGAUCCACUGUGCGGUAGCUGUCCGGCAAACACAGGAGGGCCGAGGUGCGAACCUCUCGAGGAAGAGGGGCCCAACAUCCCCCUGAUUGUCGGGCUGUCAGUAGGUCUCGGUGGAGGGGCCUUACUGAUCAUCGUCAUUGGUGUCAUCGUCUUCGUUUACAAGAAAAAGACUGGCAAGAACAGUGUCUCUGAGUUUCAGGAAGAUAACAGUCGGGGAGACGGAGUCGAGGCAUUGGCACUAGAAAACAGAGAGUAUGAGAACCAACCCUCCCCCUUGUAAACAAAUCAUACGUGCGUAUCAACAUGAAGACAUUAAAAUUGGAGAAAUUGCUGACGUAAGUCUGGAUGUGGAGUCAUUAUCCCGGGCAAGCAUUGAAUGUAUGAAACGUGCUGUAGGUUGAGUCAAAAAGAAGGUAGCCUGGAUUAACAAUUUGUUUCCCUAAAAAAAAAAAAAAACCAAUUAAAUUUGACACACCAAUGAAGCAUGUUCUUCCAGUCAUGUGAACACUUAGGUACAGUCUAGUACCAUUUGUCAUUUGUGCAUUUUGUUCGUUUGAAGCAACAAAAGUGCUCAAAAUCUAAAGAAAGGUGCUUAAAAACUAACCUGCAGUUUUAG